UCUUGACCAUUGGGUAUAGAUUACAACAAAUAGGUAUGAAGUUUAUGAAACUUGGAACAAGGCAAGAUACUUUCUACACUGAAAAAGCUACCAGGAGUCUGGUUUCAGAUAUACCUCCUGACCUUGUGAUAAAAAUCAACGAUAAUACUUAUCUGCUACACAAGCUGCAGUCUCCAAUUCUUCCAAAAAGUGGCCUUCUACAAAGACUUUGCUCAGAUUCUAGUGAUUCUGAGAUUGUUCCUCUAGAGCUUCAUGAUAUGCCAGGAGGAGCAGAUGCUUUUGAACUCUCUGCUAAGUUCUGCUAUGGAAUUUCAAUAAACAUUAGUGCUCAUAACUUAGUACCUGCACUUUGUGCUGCUAAGCUCCUCCAAAUGAAUGACUCCAUUGAGAAGGGAAACUUCGUAGGGAAACUUGAGGCUUUCUUCAGUUCAUGCAUUCUUGAAGGUUGGAAGGACUCCAUUGUCACACUGCAGACCACUGACAAGUUACCUGAGUGGUCUGAGAAACUUGGUAUAAUAAGAAAAUGCAUUGAUUCAAUUAUUGAGAAAGUUCUUACACCACCACCACAGGUCAAAUGGUCCUACACCUAUACUAGGCCUGGUUAUGCUAGAAAACAGCAUCAUUCUGUCCCAAAAGAUUGGUGGACGGAGGAUGUGUCUGAUCUUGACAUAGAUCUUUUCCGGUGCAUAAUAAUGGCUAUUAGAGCAACAUAUGUGCUCCCACCACAGCUUAUUGGUGAAGCUUUGCAUGUCUAUGCAUGUAAGUGGCUACCCGGCAUCACAAAGCUUAAAAGCUCAGGCAGUUCAGUGUCACAAACAGAAGAAUCUAAGGAGAAAAACCGAAAAAUUCUUGAAACAAUUGUGAGCAUGAUUCCUGCAGAUAGAGGGUCAGUUUCAGCUGGCUUCUUGUUAAGACUUCUCAGCAUUUCAAGUCAUCUUGGUGUCUCCCCAGUGACAAGAACUGAACUAAUAAAGCGAGCCAGCAUACAGCUUGAGGAGGCAACAGUUAGUGAACUGCUUUAUACUUCAACAUCAUCUUUAGACCAAAAUUUUUAUGAUAUAGAGUUAGUUCUAGCAGUGUUGGAAAGUUUUUUGAAGUUUUGGAAAAGAAUCUCCCCUGGUGCUGUGGAUAACAGGCACUUCUUAAGAUCAAUCAGAAAUGUUGGCAAGCUCAUUGAUUCCUAUCUGCAAGUGGUGGCAAGGGAUGAUAAUUUGCCAGUGUCAAAGUUUGUAACUCUUGCUGAAACUGUGCCAGCUAUUGGCCGAUUAGAGCAUGAUGAUCUAUACCAGGCAAUUAGCAUCUAUCUUAAGGUGCAUCCUGACCUGAGCAAGGCAGAUAAGAAGCGCUUAUGUGGGAUUCUAGAGUGCCAAAGACUGUCCCCAGAAGUGCGUGCACAUGCAGUUAAAAACGAGUUUCUGCCAUUAAGAACUGUGGUGCAGCUCCUCUACUUUGAACAAGAGAAAGGCUCUAAGGCAACCACUAGUCCCAAGCUGCAAAAACGACAUGAGCUACUUCUAGGAGCAAAAAAGAGACCAGCUACUAGAGAUAGCCAUGGCAAGCAAUCUUUAGGCCUUGACAAGGAAGAAUUCAAGAGAGAACAAGUCACAAGAAGAACCUCCCGAUCCCAUGCUGAAAGUAGAGAAAAGAAUCAACACAAAACUAAACUAUCAGAUAGUAAAUUGGCAUUGGACUUAGAAAGAAAGGUGGUUAUAAGAGGAGACACUGAGAAGAUAGGGUCAGAAAAGGUGAGUAGAAUCAAAGAAGAAAGUAUGUCAGUCAGCAAGUUGGACUUGGAUCCUAAGAAAAUCAUAAGAAGGGCAAGAAGCAAUAAAUCUGAACAUGGCCAUGAAAAGGGAAGAUAGAGAUAAUAA